CCCGUGGUCCCGCGGGCUGGGUACCGGCAUGGUGCUCUCGGAGCUGGCCGCGCGCCUCAACUGCGCCGAGUACAAGAACUGGGUGAAGGCGGGCCACUGCCUGCUGCUGCUGCGCGGCUGCUUGCAGGGCUUCGUCGGUCGCGAGGUGCUCGCCUUCCACCGCAGCCUGCUCGCCGCCGCCCCCGGCCUGGGCCCCCGCGCCGCCUGCCGCAGCGGCUCGCGGUGCAGCCCGCGCGCCCGCCAGUUUCAGCCUCAGUGUCAGGUGUGCGCAGAGUGGAAACGGGAGAUUUUGAAACAUCACACCAGCAGAAAUGGAGACGUCCACUGGGGAAACUGCCGGCCGGUCCGCUGGCCGGUCGACGCCUGGGAGGUGGCCAAGGCCUUCAUGCCCCGAGGACUGGCAGACAAAACACGACCCGAGGAAUGUGACGCGGUUGCUCUUCUAAGUCUCAUCAACUCCUGUGAUCACUUCGAGGUUGAUCGAAAGAAAGUCACAGAGGUGAUUAAGUGUCGUAAUGAGAUCAUGCACUCUUCAGAGAUGAAAGUAUCUUCUGUGUGGCUUCGAGAUUUUCAGAUGAAGAUCCAAAAUUUUCUGAAUGAAUUUAAGAAUAUCCCAGAGAUUGUGGCGGUAUACUCCCAAAUAGAAAAGCUGUUGACAUCUGACUGGGCUGUUUACAUCCCUGAGGAAGAUCAGCCAGAUGGGUGUGACUAUGAAACAGGAGUUUACCUGAGUGAGCACCAAGUAAACGAGAUAGAGAUGGAAUUACUAAAGGAAAAACUUCAAGAGCUAUAUCUUCAAGCAGAAGGACAAGAGGUGUUGCCUGAAGAGAUCUUAAAUCAACUGGAAGUGGUGAAAGAAUUUCUGAGAAACAACGAGGAUCUUAGAAAUGGUCUUACAGAAGAUAUGCAGAAGCUAGACAGCCUCCAUCAACAGCCUCAAAAACUGGAUUCGAAGGAACCUAGGGCACAGACACCUGAAGGGAAGGCCUGAAGUUGACCUUCAACAAAAAUCAGGCAUGUUCUGUGAAAGUCAGCUGGGCUUCCAUCUCAGCCAUCCUUUUCUGUGCAAAAGGGAAAACUUACCCAAGUACUCCACUCAAACAAAAAGGAAUUUGUGUCAUCUUUUCCUGGACUUUCCUUUAACUCUUUGGGAGUUUUAUUUUUUUUUACAUUCCUAAACUUGGUGUUAUAUGAUCUGUACCAGCCAAAAAAUAUUAGAUACUCUUGUGCCAAACUUGCUGUCAUCCGGGCUUUUUUGUUUGUUUUUUGGGUUUUGUUUUUGGUUUUGUUUUGCUCUUUAAAAGGUGAGAUUCUUUUCUGGUCCUAAAACUCUAACUGCUUAAACACUAAAGGCUGUGUUCGGCCAGGCCUGUGUGAAGGGCCACGCAGAGUUCUCUGCCCACUGGCACGCAAGUCCUGUGCCCACACCCUUGCCUGAAAGUCUCAUUCAUGGGGAUGCCCAAGGGUGGGCUGUGAUGUACAUGUUGAGAUAUAAAUCCUUUUUGCCAGCAGGCAAGGAAAAAAUGUGCCCGAAAGGCCAUUUUCUAGCCAUUUCCAGUUAGUACAGAACUGUUACUACCUGUUUCUGGUAGCUGGAGGCAGUAGGACAAAGAGGUGGGCUGGAGAACACAGUAACUUGACUGACCAAAGCAGGGGGAGGGCCCAGGCCAGCAUCACAAGCAGGGAUGUCCGGGAAAGUUUUGAGGUUGCUGGCUUGUUUAUGGCACUCUUAAGAAAAGUCGGCCUUGGUGGCAGUCACAGCUCUUACGGUUCAGUUAUAACCUGAGUGCCCAGCACAAGGCCUGGCCCUUGCGUGCUCAAUGAAUAUUCAUUAACUGAAGGGUCAACUGAUAGCUUAGAGGUAUUCAUAGAUGCAAAUGUUAGUUACACUGUUAACUAAGCCUUGUCCUUUGUUAUGAGAUUGAGGAAUGAAAUUUUAAUAUUCUUAUGGAAGUUCAAAGAUAUUUUCUUUCAGCAAAUUCACAAAUUCAUUCAUACUUCCUUAUUCCUUUUACCCAAAAAGUCAUACACUUUUGACUUUGUCCUGUUUGUUUCCUAAACUGCAAAACCCCUGUCCCAUUGUAUGCAGUGGUCUGUGGGAUCAGCUUUACCCUCACCUUCCCCUACCUCUGCUCAUUUCCAAAGCCAGCAGUACUGAACUGGGCCUUGUCGCCCCUGGACCUUGAGGGACAGAAUUGCCACAUUCCCCACUGCCUGGAGGAAGUGCUUCCAUUUCGAGCCCAGGUGAAGCCCUGCUCCUUUGCUUACUCAGCUGCCCAGCAAGGAUGUGAUUUUUAGAGAAUGGGGGUAGGGGGAUGUAUUUUUACCCUGAAAUGCAUUUAAUGUAGUUCUGUAAAACCUGGAUGAAUGCAAAUAUGCCUGUGACUUCCUGUUUUCAUCUUUCCUGCUACUAUUUGGUCUUUAAUCUUACAUUUUCUUUCUCCCUUCAU